GAAAGCAGAAAGUGAACAGCACCGUUUACGUGCGGUCGCAAGAUGAUAUUACCUUCUUUAGUCAGCGCACCGUAUCGGUGAGAAUGACAUAGGCGCAGGUCGUGGAGGAGGAACAAAAGUAAUCCGAAGAAUUUUUCCUUUUGCGGCGGGUUCGCUUACACACAGUAUUUCCCACGGGGGUUUGUUCUAGCAGCGACACCGAGCAACCAUCCCCAAACCAUGCCAAUCAACACGCGGGAACUGCUGAGCGCGGUUGCCAUCCUGACCGACAAACAGUCGAUGCGCGUUACGCUGAAGAGCAGCGCCAAGGGUGCGACGGUUGCCGGAUCGUCCACCUUUCUCGGUGGGCUGCUGGCCGGCCCGGUCGGUCUGUUUGUUGGUGGUGCCGUCGGUGGCCUGAUCGCGUACGCCAUGACGAACAAUCAGUUCAAACCGGUCAGCCACAUCAUCCAGCACGAGCUGAGCGUCCGGGAGCAGGAGCAGCUGAAGCAGCGCAUCGUGGACGCACUGUCCGAGUUUCAGCCGACCGACCUGAUGGUGAUACUACCGUUGCUGAUGGGCAAUUUGAGGGCACAGGAAACGGUCAUUUCGACCGUCGUUGCGUUCUUAACGAACGAGAUGCGUAUGCAAAUCGUUGACUGAUCCAGCCGCGGCUCUCUUGCAUUAGGGUGCAGGGUAGGAUGUAGAUAGGACGGAGAUAACGUUUAUUCCCAACUGGUGCCUUUGUUUUUUUUUUGUCCCUCUAGCCCACCCCGGCUCGGAUAGUGUUAUUGUGAAUAUAGUAGAAAUAAUGUGAUGGGAUGGGUGUAAAAUAAGCGAAACAGACAAAUUUAAGAGGCGUUUAAUGGUUUGUUCAAUAAACUUUCUUUUUUUUUGAGAUAAGAAUUGCUCAAUUUUAAAAUGCUCUGAUACGGGGUAAAGUAAAUUUUAGACAAUUUUGAAGCGUUCUUAGAAAUCUUUCAUAGCGAAACCCAUCCCCGUUCGAGUUGCUGGAAGUAUUAACCGAUAGCAAUCACUAAUAUCACUAACAGUCACUAAUCUAGACAAAGGUAAUGUGGUGCAGGUGCAGAUAAGACAAAACGCGUGAAUGGAAACGAAGUACAACGCAUCGAACCUGCGAGCUGUAUAUUUUACAAGAGAAGUCAAUUUUGAAGUAUAAUAAGCAGGCAAGAAGGAUAGCAAGAAGAUAGUGUUAUUGUGAAUAUAGUAGAAAUAAUGUGAUGGGAUGGGUGUAAAAUAAGCGAAACAGACAAAUUUAAGAGGCGUUUAAUGGUUUGUUCAAUAAACUUUCUUUUUUUUUGAGAUAAGAAUUGCUCAAUUUUAAAAUGCUCUGAUACGGGGUAAAGUAAAUUUUAGACAAUUUUGAAGCGUUCUUAGAAAUCUUUCAUAGCGAAACCCAUCCCCGUUCGAGUUGCUGGAAGUAUUAACCGAUAGCAAUCACUAAUAUCACUAACAGUCACUAAUCUAGACAAAGGUAAUGUGGUGCAGGUGCAGAUAAGACAAAACGCGUGAAUGGAAACGAAGUACAACGCAUCGAACCUGCGAGCUGUAUAUUUUACAAGAGAAGUCAAUUUUGAAGUAUAAUAAGCAGGCAAGAAGGAUGCGCCUCAAGUUUUAGGUUUUAGGUUCAAAAUUGAUCAUUAAAAUGAUUUUCAAACCACGA